GAGCCACGAAGCAAAGGGAGAAGAGGUCGCACCAUUCCAGAGGGUGAAAUAAAGCCAAGCGCAGGAGGCGGCGCGCGUGUGGAGAGGGCGCAAGAGGGACGCGCAACUUUCCGAGACUGUCCAGGGAAGCCACCUGCGGCCAACUCCGCGAAGAAGAGCCGGGAAUCCUCCCUGCAGGGAGCCUGCUGGGAAGAAUGGUGUGGCAUCUUUGGGGACUGGCCCUUUGUCUCAGUUUGAUUCCCACGGCUUUGGCGGAUUGCACCAUGCAGUGUUCUGCAUGUGUUCCUCAUGGCCAGGAUGCGGAGAAGCUUGUCAGCCCCUUGAUAUGUUCUCUGGAGUGCCAAGGCUCCUUGCUGUCCCGAACAGAGUGGGAUAAGUGCAAGAAAGCACUGUCUGUCCUCACCCGUUUCCUGAUGGAGGGGGCGACCAAGAGGCUAUCCCAGGUGGACAAAGAGGACAGAGCAGAACAGGAAGGGAACCCCAGCCCCCGGGAGCUGUAUACUGGGCUAGCCAAACGCUAUGGUGGUUUCAUGAAGAAGCUGGAUAAGAACAAGAUCUUUUCUCUGCUCCGCGAGAAUGCCCUUGCCAAGGGGGGCGUGGAUAAAAAGUAUGGCGGAUUCUUCCGGAAGAUGGGGGAGAGGGCAGCCUCUGAGACAGGGGCUGAGGAGGAUUAUCCAGUGGAUCUGGGCUACAACAGGGAAGAAUCAGACAUGGGGUCACUCAAGGAUGAGAUGAAACGCUAUGGAGGCUUCCUCCGCAAGUACCCCAAGCGAGGUUCCGAAGAGGCAACUGUUGAGGAUGAUGGGGAAGAGCAGGAGGAUCUGCACAAACGCUACGGAGGCUUCAUGCGCAGGAUCCGUCCGAAGCUGAAAUGGGACAAUCAGAAGCGCUAUGGAGGGUUCCUGCGGCGCCAGUUCAAGGUGACCACAAGGUCAGAGGAAGAGCCCAACGCCUACUCAGAGGAAGUCUCUGACCUAUAGAGGCCACUUUCUGCAGAAACCAAGGCAUCCUCCGGCCAAAAUACUUCCAAAUCGGGACUGUGUGGAUCACCCAACCGCUAAUCCCAGUGCUCAGCCAAGCAGUGCAGGGGCCACCUGCAGACCUGAUAAAGAAGGAAUCGGUUGACGUAAUGGGGUUUCUUACCAAGGAGUUGGGGCUGGGGGAAGCCAUGGUUUUAGGGUUUAGGACCUGAGGUGCACUUUUCUGGAGCUUUGCUCAGUUUAGAAACAGAUGUAUGGAUGCAGUAAUGGCUGGUGGCUGCAUGUCAGUGGGGCAGUGGAAUCUGCUCGGGGUUUUAGACUGAGCUUGCAAGGAGCUGAAAGCAUCUUGGGGAGCUCCUUGAAAGUUCAGACAAAAAAUGGAGUGGAUUCCACUGUUCCACUGACAUGGAGCCACCAGCUGCCGAUGGAUGGAUGGAUAGAUAGAGAGGUUGGGUGUCUCGUUUCUUCAAAGCUUUAUGUCUUAUUUAUCUUCAGUAUUUUUUCCUUUGCACAAAAAAUCCAUCCUAGCUAACAAAUCUAAUUAGUCCAUAAAACAACAUCAACAAAAUAUACCAAAAGUGCAAACCUAAGCCUGUUUGCUUGGAAGUAAAUCCCUUUGAUUUCCUAGUAAGUGUCCUUAGGAGUGCAGAGUAUAAACCGUAAAAAAAAAAGCACCAAUCAAAUCUCAUUUAGGAGCAAUAACCUGGAAAAACCUGCUGGUAUAAAGCAAUCACAGUCCAAAUCUUGACUCAAUAAAGCAGCUUUCUCCAACUUAGUGCUCUCCAGAUGUUUUGGACUACAUCAGCCCCAACUAGUAUGUCUGUUCUGUCUUGGGCUGAGAGGAGUUGUGGUUCAAAACAGCUGGAAGGCACCAGAUUGGAGAAAGGUGAAAUAAAACAGUUUUUUAAGAACAGGUAUGGGGAAUCUUUGGCCCUACAAAUGUUGCUGAGCUACAACUUCCAUCAACCCCAGACAGCAUGGCAAAUGGCCAGAUAUGAUGGGAGUUUUAGUUCAGCAACAUCUGGAGAGCCAAAGGUUCCUUACACCUGUUUUAGAAUGUUGAAAAGGGCAUGAUAGAUACAUUCAUUGCCCAUGGCGUAUACAUUCAUCUUACUAUA